CUGAAAGCAACCAACAUGGAGGAGAAGUCAGGAAUCCUUCUGCAGGGUUUAUAUGGAUCAGUGGGUCACCAUGGAACCAUACAGAUCAGAGAAACAUUGCAGCAGAACCUGGAGAAGACAUCAUCCUGCCUUGUAGAGCUGAUGACAACAAACCUGUUACAGUUUUACAGUGGAGGAGAACUGAUCUGGGGUCAGAAUAUGUUCUUCUGAUUAGAAACGAUCAUAUAGAUCCAGACAACCAGCAUCCAUCUUUUAGGAACCGAGUGGAUCUGCAGGACAGACAGAUGAAGAAUGGAAAUGUGUCGUUGGUUCUGAAGAACGUGACGACUAACGAUACCGGAACAUAUGAGUGUCGAAUCCAGAAUGAAGGAGGCCGUGAUACAAAACUUAUCAACCUGGAUGUUGUUCCCCCAGGGUGCAAGGAUGGAGGGAACAAGGAUGCAGGAGACAAGGAUGGAUCCAUUGGACUAAUAGUUGGUCUGAUCACAUUUGCUGCUGUUGUUGCUGCUGGUGUUUUAUUUGUGAUGUAUAGAAGGAAAUCUGCUUGCUUUAGGGAGAAGACCCCAGAUCCUCCAGCUGAUCUGUAGAUUUAAUCUAUCUGCCAUAGAUCUGUGGACAUCAUUAUGGAUGUUGGUGGUUUUCUAAUCUAUAAAUGAACAGCAUGAAAUAAUUUCCUCCUGCUGACUCAGCUACAGCAGAUGAGAAUGAAAUGUCUGUUACCUCUCUAAACGUUAAAUGUUCUGCUGGUUCUGAUGGAUCACAACAGAUCAACCUUCUGCUGUCAUCAACCAUGACUUCAUUGUUACUGAAUAGCUUCACUGGUGCUAUAAGUUAUGGACUGAAAGGCUUAGAAAGGUCCAUUUUAAUUUAAACACAUUCAUUUUGUUUGGUUGCUUUAAAUCUCAGAUGAUUAAUCAUCAAAAUAUGUUUAAUAAAAACAUUUCAGCACCAAGA